GGCGGGGUGAAGCACUGGGGCUGUUUCCCAGUUCAGUUCAGGGUUCAGGGCAGUUAAUAGUUAGGUUUGGUUUCCGCAAAGGUUGGAGACGGCUGUCAUUAAAGCAAAAUUAGCUUUAUAAUUUUAUUGAACACCCACCGAGAGUCACCACUAUGUCCAACAACAACGCCAGCAGCAGCUUAAUCAUCGCCCAGAGGGCCGUGAAGCAGCUCCGGUUAGAGGCCAGUAUCCGGAGGAUCAAGGUGUCCCAGGCCGCUGCCGAGCUGAAACAGUUCUGCCUGCAGAAUGCCUCCAAGGACCCGCUGCUCAUAGGGGUCCCCUCCAGCGAUAAUCCCUUCAGACCCCCAAAGUCCUGCUCACUGUUCUGAGCAGCAGAAGGAACAGGAAGGAUUUCUGGACUUGUUCGUCAAACCGUCACUUCACCUCUCAUCGAUGUCAUCGUAGACUUGACUGCAGCUCCUCAAAGCGAGGGAGGGGAAAAACACUCUUGGUGCUGAAGGCUUUCGAGGGCUGAUGUCAAUCUACCUGUUUGCCAAAACUAACGGUAUCAAAUCUCCCAUCUGUUACAUGAAAGCAUGGCCAAACUCUGCUUGUUCAACAAACAAGCAUGAGAUGUUCCUGACACUAACCUGACUAAUGAUUAAUCUGGCUUUGCCUAAGUGCUCAACAUGUCCAGCAUCUAUUUGCAGACUGUUACCGUUGUUCGUUCCCCAGUGGGUGAUGGAUGGCCCUUCAUGAGGGGUGGGUGGAGGGAUUAUCAAGCGUAAAUUUAAACCAGGUUCUGUUCCAUCUUCACUGCUUGGUGUUUAUUUGUGUAAAAGACUACAAAAAAUAAUAAAAUUUAGCUACAUUGUUGGCCAACAAACUAAAGUGGUGCCUUUUUUAUUUUAAUGAUUCAUGUAUUUAAAAGAAGAAUAAAAGUGCUAUUGUGAACCUGAGGUACUACAACAUGACACAGACUUUAACUUUGGGGCAAGUGAUGGUUUUAUAUCUUUUAAGUCUCUUGUUUCUCUUAUUCACCUCCUAUCUAUAUCUGUCUUUUAAGUUUCUUUGUUGAAUCUUUUUAUUUAAAAUAAAAACACAUAAAGGCCUUACACUAUUUGGAUAGUGAUGAUAACUUUAAUUUAUAUCACAUUGCACGAAUGCUUGUGUUUGUAUUGAAAUCUUUGGGUUAUGUUUGUAUUUAAUAAGUCAUUCAUUGUUUUUCACGCUGGAAUCAAACACCAAUCAACCAAAAUCUUUGCUGCUGUUAGUGCCUCUUUGUUUUCUCUGCAACACUUGGGUGAUUUAGAAAUUAGUUUUUCAGACACAGGUUAAUUUGCUGCAUGUAACAUUUUUAUAAGUAUCUGAAAAUAAUGAAUUCAUGACUGCAAGUAUUUAAAUAAAAGGCUUCACAUAAAAUUUGAUGCUAUUCCAGUCAGUUUACUUGUUUGAAGUUACACUGAAUUGGAUGUUAAUUCAGAAAUUGAUGAUCUAAUUGUGGACUGGUUUGGCUCGUCGUGAGAGCGAACUGCUCCAUUUAAUUUAUUUGGUAUCAUCCCAUAAAUCUGCACGAAGCUACCAGAAUCACUGUUACCUGUCACCUCAAUGAUUUGUGAUGAAUGCAAUCUGUUUGUAUGGAAGAAAAUGAAUAAAAAUAUAUAUACUUGUAA